GUCCAGCAGGUGGCAGUAAUGUACCUUAAAGGAUACCACCUGCCGUUAAAGUCAAAAGAAGAAGAAAAAUAAGCGAUUUCGGCCGGAAGUUAGCCGCAGCUAACCGGAAGCGGGAUAAUGAGGACACACUGAGGAGCAAGCGAGACCAAACAUUGCUCUUUACACUCCGGAGGACUUCUUCUGACAGAGGAGAAAACAAGGAGACGGCCACCUGUGUAUGAAGACGAGCCGCACGCAGCCAUGUCUUCAGCGGUGGAUCUAAAGACCAAGGAGGAGAAGGAUGCAGAGCUGGACAGACGAAUCGAAGCUCUGAGGAAGAAGAAUGAAGCUCUGGUCAAGAGGUACCAGGAAAUAGAAGAAGACAAGAAGAAGGCGGAACAGGAGGGCAUUGCCGUGACAACACCCCGGAAGCCCCGCCCCCAUGAGCCAGAGACGGACAGGCGGAAGACGGAGAAGGAAAACUUCACCGUCACAGUCGACCUGUCUAAACUUCCUGGGGAGAACAGAGUCAUAAAUGACUGGAAACCUGGAACUCCUCGCGGCAGGAAGGCGUCAGAGGAGAGUGACGGCCAUGGAGGACAGAGCGAUGGGCACAGAGGGCAGAGCGAGGGUCAGAGCGAGGGUCACAGAGGUCAGAGCGAGGGUCACAGAGGUCAGAGCGACGGGCACAGAGGUCAGAGCGACGGGCAAAGAGGUCAGAGCGAGGGUCACAGAGGUCAGAGCGAGGGUCACAGAGGUCAGAGCGACGGGCACAGAGGUCAGAGCGACGGGCACAGAGGUCAGAGCGAGGGUCACAGAGGUCAGAGCGACGGGCACAGAGGUCAGAGCGACGGGCACAGAGGUCAGAGCGACGGGCACAGCAGCCCCACCAGGAGGACGGAGUCGGGGCGGAUGGGCCGGGGAGGGCAGAGAGGAGGACGCCAGGAGAGGAGAGAGUGGGAACCCAGGACGCCCAGAGACGGAGAGCCUGGGGAACCAGGAGGAGGAGGAGGAGGCGGACCGGGGCGCAGGGGAGGGAGGAGAGAAAUGAGAGAGUGGGAACCCAGGACGCCCAGAGACGGAGAACCUGGGGAACCAAGAGGCGGCGGACAGGGGCGCAGAGGAGGGAGGAGAGGGCGUGGAGAGAGAGGAGGGGGAAGGGGAGGUGGAGGUGGAGGAUCAGGGGGCGGAGGAGGAGGAGGAGAAGGAGGAGAAGGAGAAGGAGUGACACCUGGUGGCACGGACAGGAAAUCUAAGGAAUGGGAGGAGAAGAGGCGACAGAACAUCGAGAAGAUGAACGAAGAAAUGGAGAAAAUAGCCGAAUAUGAGAGAGGACAGCGGCAGGAUGGAGACAAACCGAUCCGGAACUUCCUGGACGACCCGAGGCGUUCAGGUCCAGCUCCCGACAUAGACCGCAAGGAGGGCAGCAGGAGACACGUGCGGAACUGGGGCGGGCUGGACUUUGACAACGUGAAGACGGGCUCUGAACUGGAGAAGGAGUGGACCAGUCGCAGACCAGGUCCCAAAGGCUCCAUGGAUAUGACCAUGUCUAUGACGGGCCGGGAGCGAGCAGAGUACCUGCGCUGGAAGAAGGAGCGAGAGCAGAUCGACGAGGAGAGACUGGCUCGCCAUCGUAACGCCACGGGCCAGUGGAGACGAGAGUGGGACGCUCAGAAGACGGACAACAUGUUCAAGGAGGACCCAUGUGCAGCCGCAGAGGGCAUCGCACCCGAGCAGGGCGGCAGGAGAGAUGACAGCAAGCGGCCGCCUAAAGUUCCGACAUUUGGCGACUUCCUCUCUCAGGGCAGGACCCCGGGGCCCCGAGGAGACCGAGGCAGAGGGAGGGGCCGAGGACAGAAACCGAGCUACAGCAUGCAUGACAACCGCUGGGAGGCAGAGAAAGAGGAGGAGGACAAGGUGAAGGAGGACAAGAUAAAGAAAGAGGAGAGGCCCAAAAAGGAGAAGGAGGAAGAAAAAGCCAAAUCUCCCACCACAGAGAAGGUGGAGGAGAAGAAGAAGAACGAGGAUGGAGAGGAAGAUGAAGAGGAAUGGGAGGACGCCAGCGAUGGAGAAGACGACGAUGAAGCGGCGGAGGACGAGAGCGACUCGGAGCACGACUCCAGGGGAGACGAGAAGAAAGACAAAGGGAAAGAGAAACCCACCAGGAGCAAAGGCAGCAACCCGACAUCACCGGCACAUCGGUCCAGAACAACAUCGGCAGGAAGCCCCAAAGAGCAGCGAACCCCCAGACCCAAGAUCCACAUCCCCCCUCCCUCCGCAGUGCAGGAGUCACCAGAGGGAGGGAAGCCCCUCAGCCCCUUCCUCUCUCUGGAUAGCCACCAGCCUGUGUCAGACUGGGGGGAGGAGAUGGAGAUGCUGUCGCCCCGGAGCAGCAUGGGAGGCGAGAGCCCGCUGAAACCCCUCAGUGUGGAGUCCACCCCGCCCCAGAAGAAGGACCAGGAAGAGGAGGAGGAGGGGAAGGAGGAGAAGGAGGAGAAGAAGAAGGAGGAGAAGAAGGAGGAGGAGGAGGGAGAGGAGGAGGAGGAGGAAGAAGAAGAGGAAGAGGAGGAGGAGGAGGAGGAGGAGGAGGAGGAGGAGAGCCAAGCUGCCUGCUCUAAUGAACCUGCUGAGCCACAGAGAGAGAAGGACACAGCCGAGGACGUCAUCCCUCCUCCGGAAGCUCAGCAGACGGUGAUCGUUUCAGAACCAGAGUCCGUCCCUGCCGACUCCUCCGCUGCGCCGCCGUCUGACCCCGCCCCCUCCUCCGAGGCCUCAGAGGCUGCUGUGAUGAAGGACACACCUGAUGCUCAAUCACACGCAGACAAACCGGACACCCCUCCCCCCGCAGCCGUCCCGUCUGCUGAUCCCAUCUCCUCCGAGCAAGCGGGAGAGAAAGACGAUGCCGGCGCAGAGACCGCCAAGACCGCCGACGCUCCGUCAGCUGGAGCUGGAGAGGCGGAGGCGGAGUCCUCGGAGCAGACGUCCUCAGGUGCGGUCCACAUCAGCGACUUUGAGACGGUGGCUUACAGUAGGAAGUUGUCGGUGCACUGCUAA